AUGGCAGAGCAACCAAAAAAAGAAGUUGUGCUAAAUGCGACCAUCGAAGAGCCGCUCGAUUUAUUGCGAUUAAGUUUGGAGGAGAGAGUACAUGUUAAAAUGAGAACCGAUAGAGAGGUUGGUUUUGUUUUCAAGUAGAAAAAGCCUUGAUUGAGUGAUAUUUUUGCAGCUUCGUGGAAAACUACGAGCAUUCGAUCAACAUUUGAAUAUGGUUUUGUCAGAGGUGAGCGAUUUUUGAAAAUAAUAUUUAUAUGUAGAAAUUUUGUUCAAAAAUGUGUUCUUUCGCUGGUCUAAUUUCUUGAGAGAACUUUUCUCCAAUCAAAUUUCCUAGAAAACCCAGGCUUCCAGAGCGCAUUUUUACCCCGGAUAUGUCUUAGCUCUGACUUCACAAGGCUAUAACUAGCUUAUUUUUGAGACCAGGAUCGUGUUUAGCUAAUCAUAAUCUACUAGAAAAACUAGCUUGAAAGAUACGGAACACACUUGGCGAGAGUGUCCCAAAAUUUUUGUGCGGUGUGAAAAGUUUUGAAUUUUUUUGAAUAUUCUCAUCAAAAUCCGCUGAAAAUCAAUGAAAGCUUCACUUUUUCGUGAAAAAAAAUGUGCGGUGAAAUUUUAAAAAAUGUUAUUAGCUUCCCGCCCGAAUCGAAAUUUUGGAUUGGGCGGGAAUUUUUAUUUGAACAUUUUUGUACAGUGUCCUUUUUGGACACGUCUCGUCAGGUGUGAUACGUAAUAUGAUCCAAAAUAAACCCAUAAAACUUGACAAUAAAAGAAAUGGUGACCUAAAUUUAGGUUAAAUUUAGCCUAAAUUCUGGCGAGGUUCCGCCAGAAAAAUGCGAGAAAUGGACGGCCGGCUCGCGUGCGAGAUUUUCUCGCCGACGGCUGACGAGACGUUUUCUGAGAAUAAUUUCCUAAAUUUUCCAGGUCGAAGAAAUCGUAACAACACGCGAAACCGACGAAGACACAUUCGAAGAAAUCUAUCGCCAAACCAAACGAACAGUUCCAAUGUUAUUUGUUCGAGGAGAUUCAGUGAUUCUUGUCUCACCACCAGUUCGAGCCUCAUAA